GUGGUCACUGCAGGCUGUGGACUAGAGUUCCUGCUGGUUCUCUGUGGGCUCGAGUUUUCCUGGUCCUGCCCCCGUCACUGUAUCUGCUACACUGCACCCACCACCGUCUCCUGCCAAGCCCACAACUUCCUCUCGGUCCCUGAAGGCAUUCCUCCUGACAGUGAGCGCAUCUUCUUACAGAACAAUAAGAUCCAUCGCUUACUUCAGGGCCACUUCAGCUCCAACACGGUCACCCUCUGGAUCUACUCCAAUAACAUCACAUACAUUGAGCCCUCCACCUUCCACGGCUUCACGCUGCUUGAGGAACUGGAUCUGGGAGACAACCGCCACUUGCGCUCCUUGGCUGAAGACACCUUUCACGGGCUGAGUCGGCUCAAUGCGCUACACCUGUACCGUUGUGGGCUAAGUUCACUUCCUAAUAACAUCUUCCAGGGCCUCAGAAACCUGCAGUAUCUCUACUUGCAGGAUAAUCACCUGAAGUUCCUGCAGGAUGACACAUUUAUGGACCUCCACAACCUAAGCCACCUGUUCCUGCAUGGAAACCGUCUGCGGAGUAUUAACCAGAACACCUUCAGAGGCCUUCGAGCCUUGGACCGACUGCUUCUGCACCAAAACCAGAUCGAGUGGGUUGAUCGCUUGGCCUUCCAUGAUCUGAAACGUCUCACCACUCUAUACCUGUUCAACAACUCCCUGAUAGAGCUGUCCGGACAGUGCCUGGACAUGCUGCCCGCCUUGGAAUAUCUGCGCCUCAACGACAACCCCUGGUCAUGUGACUGCAAGGCCCUGUCGCUAUGGGAGUGGUUGAAACGUUUCCGAGGUUCAACAUCUUCAGUGGGUUGCCAGGCGCCGGCUGAGAUGAUUGGGAAAGAUAUAAAGGAGCUGCGCAAGGAGGACUUUCCUAAUUGUUCGCCAACUGUACCUAAUUCUGAGUCCAGAGCCCAGACUAACAAUCUAUCUGGUACGGUGAUUCCGUCUAUGAAUCGUGGUGUAGCAGUGGGCUCUGGAGGGCAGACCCACAUAGUACACCCCUCAAGGCCUGGCCGUUCUCGGAACUGCACAAAGCCUCGUAACAGGGUGAGCAAGGGAAAGGGUGACAAUGAAGUUCACCACUCAAAGGAGGUCAUGACAGACAAGGAGGAUUCCUCCCCAGAUUUCACAGAUGGGGGGAAACAUGAUCACACGUCCCCCGAUGGCACCAUCACACGGAGGAAGCACAAGUGCACUCCCCGGACCACUGUUCGCCCCCCUAGUGGGGUUCAGCAAGCCAACAAUAGGGCAACAUUAUCCCAGUCCUUACUUCAUGUCUGUGUCCUCCUUAUGGCCUUGAUAACGACAAAUAUUGACUACAUUUUCCGUUGACCUUCAGAGUUUUUAGCAAAUGCUAAUCACAAAAAAACACAGCCCUCAGACCCUCUCUUGCUCCUGCACUACAAGGCCUGUGUGUCUUUUAUGUGUGUGUGUGUGUGUGUGUGUGUGUGUGCGUGUGUGUGUGUGUGUGUGUGUGUGUGUGUGUGUGUGUGAUUAUAUGUGUAAAUGUUGCGUAGGGAGCUUUACUGUUCAGACUGAUACAGGCAUCAAAGCAUUAAACAUCUACAACAGAAAGACUCGCAGCACAAAAGUUGGAGGGACUGAGAGUGGGAGAAUGAUGAAAAGUUAUUGCAGACCAAGCUUGCACUGCCACUUAUGCCAAUAUGAUUUCAUUUUCAUAUGUCUUGGUAUCUUAUAUAUUUUUUAACUUCUUUGUUCACUCAACUGGAGCUCAGAUAACCAAAAUUUGGUGAAAAAGAGGAAGAGAUGACAGCACAAAUGAGGUAAAACUUGUUAGUUUGUUAGCCCUGAGACUAGCUAGGUCUUCGAGUGCUCCAUCCAGCUUUAAUUUCUAGUUCACAGUUUGUAAAUUGUUAUCAUGAAAGUAAAAAUGGAAAGUCGAUGAUUCUGUAAAGUCUCCAAUGUCAGUCCUAUCUUGCUCUCAUCCUGUCUGCCAAGUGUAUAUUUCUGUUGCAUCCUUUGCUAACAACAGGUCCAAACAAUUGGUUUCUCAUAAACAAAAAAGGAAAGUGUAAACAUGGUAACAAAUGGUCAUUCAGUAUUAAACAUAGGAAUGUGCCAUUCUCACAACACAAUGGAAAUCUAUAGACACAUAUGUUUUAAGGCUAUAAAGAGAGCAACCAGUUAGUUCACGAAGUUGUAACAUAAUGCUGGCUUUUUCCAGGUGCUGUACCAACCUUUCUGCCUAUUUAACAAUACACAUAACUCUGCUUCCGUCUUCAUUUACAGCACUUCACUCCUUCUGUGCAACUGAAUACUAAGCUGCUAAUUGUUUCAAGAUGACAACGACUGCCAUGAGCUAUUUCCAUUGGCUUGGAAAACAAUGUGUGUCUCUGGGAGAUCAAGCUGUGAAUAUUGAGUCUGUCUAUACCUUGUGUCAGAUGUUGUUCAUUUGAUUUUUGUAAGACACAAAAUGGACCUAGAGAUGGAUUCCGCAGGGCCAACAGGAGCCUUAGAGGUCAAGGGUCAAACGGGGCUUUCUCAGUUUCCCAGUGAGGUUGUGCUGAACUGAUCCCUCCUCAGUGAGGGCAUACCUUCCUCAAUGAGAAUGUGAGGAACACAAUUUUUUUUAUUCACUUAACUUUAAAGGAAUACAAGAACAAGACUCGACAAAAAAACAUGUGUGUCUAUCUUAAAUGACUCAUGAGAUCAAUGAAAGAUGAAAAAAACAUUUUGAAUGGAGCAUGGUGAAACAGGGGUCAUGCUGAGAGUAUGCCUGUUAAUUAACUGAUGUGAUUGUCCAUGAAUAUGGGUUUCCAAGACCAAGACAAUCGCUUCUGAAGUAACAAGGGGAUGCAGUUCAAUGCAGAUUGACAGAUGGACAAUUACGGGCCAUCUUGCUGUACUUCUGGAGCUUUUGUGCCUCCGUUAAAUGUAUUGAUAAGAUGGUAUUUAGAUCAAUGAUGUGAACUGUACCAGUAACAAUGGAGACAAGAGGACUUCUUGCAGUGCUGAUAUUAAUCAUUAACUGUAUACUAUGAGAAAAACAAUAUCAGUGAAAUCAAUGAUGAUAACAGGGUUUUCUGCUCCUCCUGUCAGGAGGAGUCUUUUGAUUUUUGAUUUUCUGGUGAUUUGUUUAUUUACAUAUUUUUCAUGUUAUAUUUUUAGAACCUUUAAUUGUUAAUGCACAAUUCCUCACCUCCCUAUUUCUUGUCCUAGUGUAUGCCUAUUCAUCUUCUUUCUUUGCCAUAAUUCAAUUGUUCAGUAA